GGUUCCUUCUUGAUCCGAUCUGAGGUCCGAGGGCCAGCGUCGAGCCUGGAUUUAUAUCCGAACGCAGCAGUUGAACUAUCACUCUGAUUCUCCAGAAUCUAAGAGCUGUAUCUAUCUACUCUGUCAAUAUGCUUCGACCUCUCUGCAGACAUGCCUCAAGGCCUUUGAACGCGAGCAUUCGCUCAGCAACCAUCGGAAGGCGGCACAUGACCACGCCUGUGUCGUUCGAUUGGAAGGACCCGUUGAAUGCCAACAGCUUGCUCACAGAAGAGGAGCAGGCCAUUCAAGAAACAGCAGAGUCGUACUGCCAGGAGCGUAUGCUUCCACGAGUGCUUGAUGCAUAUCGUAAUGAGGACUUUGACAGGAAGAUCAUUGAGGAGAUGGGUGAGCUGGGGUUGCUGGGUGCAUCGAUUCAAGGUUACGAGUGUGCGGGUGUCAGCAGUGUAGCUGCUGGCCUAAUCACGAGAGCAGUCGAAAGAGUAGAUUCGGGGUACCGCUCGGGCUACUCAGUGCAAAGUUCACUCGCAAUGGGUGGUAUUGAGGAGUUUGGAACAGAGGAGUUGAAGGAGCGACUCCUGCCGCAGAUGGCAAAGGGCAAACUCCUCGGAUGCUUCGGUCUGACCGAGCCAAACCACGGCUCAGAUCCAGGGUCCAUGGAGUCUAUUGCGAAACCGCACCCUUCCAAGGAAGGAUACUACUCACUUUCUGGUUCCAAGACAUGGAUCACCAACUCGCCCAUUGCCGACGUCUUCGUUGUAUGGGCAAAGCUGCAGGAGACAGGGAAGAUUCGUGGCUUUGCCGUUGAGCGUAAGGACUGCCCACCUGGUACUCUCGAGACACCAGCAAUCAAGAACAAGAAUGGCCUAAGAGCCUCCAUCACCGGUAUGAUCCAGAUGGACGAGGUCCCCGUCCCGAAGGAGAACAUGUUUCCAAACGUUGAAGGCUUGAGGGGACCUUUCAGCUGCCUGAACUCCGCAAGAUAUGGUAUUGCCUGGGGAACCAUGGGUGCUCUGGAAGACGCUAUCGCAAGGACUCGCGAGUACGCUUUGGAUAGGAAACAGUUCAAGGGCAACCCCAUUGCCAAGUACCAGCUCGUGCAGAAGAAACUGGCAGAUGCAACCACUGACGCAGCGUACGGUAUCUUGGCUGCCUACCACGUCGGAAGGCUAAAGGAUGAGGGCAAGGCUGCACCCGAGAUGAUCUCGAUGAUCAAGAGGCAGAACUGUGACCGUGCUCUAGUCAACGCCCGCACGCUUCAAGAAGUUUUCGGUGGAAACGCAGUGUCUGACGAGUACGGCAUUGGCAGGCACGUGGCGAACCUGUUUGUCACACAAACAUACGAAGGCCAGAGCGACAUCCACUCCUUGAUUCUCGGUCGCGCAAUCACAGGAAUCCAAGCGUUCUGUUAAUUGUGCGAUGUGUUGUGACGAGAUGGACUCUGAGGAGGAGGAGAGACUUGGAUGCAAACGAGAGUUGACUCUAAAGUAUAUAACACAGUAAACGUAAGGAACUGUUAGCCAAUGAAGCCAAAAUCGAA